AUGACCUCCAGUCCACGACUCUGCCCAGUCACUCCAAGCUCCAAUUCAGAGCGUCCGAGCCAGCGUAGUACCCCCAAGCGAACGCGCGAGGCGAGGACGAGCGCAGACGGUUGUGCUGAGUGUGCGGCAACAAGUGUCGAUCCGCCUGUCCUUGCGCUUGAAGAUGAUAUCACGGCAAGUGACCAGAAACCAGUGCAAAUGACGAGGUGACUCAGGGCAUGAGCUCAGCUUCGAGCGCUGACCUGUGCAUCCGUGAUCUCAUCGACUGCUCUUGACAUGGCCGCUAUCAGAGACCGGCGCCGUCGCCGUCGCCGUCCCAAUCAUCGUCGUGGUGGUCAUCGUUAUCAUCAUCAUCAUCGCGUUCAAGUACUCCCACAAUGUCCGACCUGGACACAGUGGUCGCAGCUCUCGAGGACGCGACCGACGACAUGGAGGAAUACGCUCUGCUCAAAGGCGACAUCGUGCCCCGCCUUUGGUUGCGCUCGAUGCCGGAAUUGGUUGAGCAGGUGUUUGGAAUCGACCAUCCGGCGUUCGACGAGAUCUCACAACGUGCUCGCCAGUCAGGCGGACAGGUUCAGUCAGGCCAGGCUCAAGACAUCCAGGCCGAGCUCCGCAAACGCUUUCAGGAAGCCCACGACGGCAGUCAGAACCCGCGGAUUGAACCGUCGACCAGCCAGUUGGCCUGGAUGCAGGGGGUAGCACGACUUGUAAGUUAGGAAGACCGAGACGCUGAUCGGCAUCGCUCCGUGAGCCUGGAUGCUUGGAGGUCUAAGCCGACACCAAGCCCAUCUAUCUGACCGAACUGGCAUUCGUCUGCGGCAGGCUCAGACCGAUCCCACGCACGGGAAACAAUUCAAACUCGCCGUCGCAGUUGCCGAGCGACCGGCACGGCUUUACAUUCACGACACUAUCAAGCGAUGUUUCGACUCUAGCCCAGGGUCGGACAAGGAACCAACGGAGUGGACGCCUUUUUUGGCAUGCUGCAAAGUCGAAUCGAGCUCGAAAACACUCUUGUGGAACCGCGUGCUGGUACCUUGCGCGUUCGGUGCCCGACCUCGCUCUCCGUUCCCCGGCGAUGGUCCUGGAGCAUCCGCGCCCGAGCUGGUCAGGGUAGUACUCGAUCUCACCGAGCAUGUGCUCUCGCAACCGACACGACUUUUCGCCCCUGGCCUGGCCGUCAGCGACAGGAAGGCAUAUCUGGUCGUACUGGACCAAGAGACGUGUCGAGUCGCGACCAUCUCGGACUGCUGGGGUCAAGGCUUUGGCGAGCUAGCGGCGGUGCUCUCGAUUCUGCUCGACCUGGAUGUCUACUCGGCCGGGUUUUGUCCCUUUUUCGACUACACGUGCCACUCCACGAGCGGGAUCGCACCCGCGUCGUUACUCACGUCGGUCUUUGGGUCGUCAGUCGGGCGCACAGUCAAGUUUGAGGACAAGGAGCCGAUCGAGCUUUUGUCCUGUGCGAAGGGGGAUGGCGGGCACCAUCUCUCCGGACGUUGCACGACGGUGUUUCAACUGACGCGCCCGAGCCUGAGCGCCACCGCCACCGCUCCGGAGGUCUCGACUUUGUCGCCCUCCUUCGUCCUGAAAAUGCAGCUCGUUGGUCCGGACUUUGUACGCGUCGAGUCAAACGUGCUUCGCAAGAUCAACGCCGCGCGCGACAAGGGUGCUCUACCGCCGGCCGUGUUUGACCAUCUGGCUACGCUCGAAACUUCGGCGUCGCUCGCCCUUGACUCGGGCUUGCCGGUAAACGAUGAAGACCAGUCGUCAGCAGCACCAAUGCCCGCAGCGAAAAAGAGGAGACGUGACGAUACCUCGCGCUCCCCGCAUACCCCAAUACGACGCACACUUGAACUCCUUGUCCUGCGCAACCCCUCACCACUGCCACAGCCGCUCUUUCGGCGUCAUCUUGGCCAACAGCAAUUGCCUCUGACUCAGAUUUUCCGAGUCUUCGAUCAACUCCUGACGGUGCUGGCCACGCUUCACGAUCUCGGCUUUCACCACCGCGAUCUUUCGCUCGGCAACAUCCUUCACUUUGAAGGCCACCUUGUACUCAUUGAUUGGGAUGGCGGUAUCGCGGCCGAUCCCGGAGUCUCGUUCGCCAUCGCAGCGCGAGAGGAAGGCCGCCUCCGGGUGACGGUGGAAAGCGCUCCUCGACAGGCGCUUCUUUGCAACGUGGUUGGAUUGGAUUGCAAUAUCGCGCACCUGAGUACAGGCUAGCCCACGCGUUCGAAUCGGCUGUAUAUUGCCUGUUCCAUGCCCUGGUCUAUCGCAUCAAGCCAGAGGACCCUGCCUGGGACUACUUCUUUCGAUGUCCCGCUGCCCGCCCUGGUGCGCGUCCUCGUUAUGCUGAAGAUCGGGAGGCGCAACUGAUAGACCGUCGGGCGAGUCUCUGGGGCGAGGGCGGCGGCAACGACGUGAAGCCGCAGUACAGGGAGCGUUUGAUCAACAUGCUUCGCCGUGAAGAUUGCGAGCUAGGCGAGUCGUUGGACUUGGUGACACGGCUCUGUCCAGUAAAGGUAACCUCGCUGUAUACGUCCGAUGAGUGCUCGCAGGCGAUGGAUGCGAUACAGGAGGGCAUACGACGGCUCGCAGCGAAACGCUCGAUGGGGAAAGAGAUGUCCCAGUAG